UAAUUUCUCUUUAAAGUAUUUUUGAAUUGAAUUGAUCAGAAAUCAUUGUUUUUGCUUUAGUGGAACAAAAUUGUGCUUCACAGCCAAAUUAAGAUUAUAAUGUAUUAUACAUUUUUAGUACCUGUCCAGGGUGUACCCCGCCUCUCGCCCAUAGACUGCUGGAGAAGCACCAGCUCCCCCGCGACCCACUAUGGAAUAAGCGGUAGAAAACGACUGACUGACAUUUUUAGUCAAGAUAUUUAAUAUAUUGCUGAAAAAGUAGAAGCAUGCUAAUGUUUGAGUUCUCCUUCCCUUCACUCCUGCUCCGCUUCCUGGAGCUUGUUACUGGUUUUCCAUCCGCCUGUGGAGUUGAUGGUGAACACCUUUCAGGUGUGAUAGGAUGAAAACAAGCAGAGUGGAAUCUGGGACUGAAAGAUCUGCAUAUGGUGUGAAAUUGGCUGUCAGGUUAUACAGUCCAUUAAAAUCUUUGUUAAGAUGCGUAUCUGGGGGUGGAGACAGAGAGAGGAGUGAGAUUAUCCAGAUUUAGGAAAAACUCUGCAACUCCUUUUGGGCAGAAACAUAGAGUCUACAGCAGCUCUGUCAGUAUGAGGUCCUGCUGGUUCAAAGGUUUCCUGAUGGUCUUGGUUGUGGCUUCAGCUUUGUUAUACCUCAGCUCCUUAAAGACAGAUUUCCACACCCACUCAGAGAGACUCCAGAGGACCCACCACAAUGAGACCAUCAAAGAUCAGGGAAUGACCAGGAGGAUGGAAGAAGACAUCAGCAGGCUAUUGAACCUGAUGAAAAAGUAUGAAAAGAAAGAGCAGGAGGUAGAGAAAGAGGGCAAAAGGAAGGAGAAGAAGCUGGUGAGGAAGCUGUACCCAAACUCCCCUCUGUUCAGCAAGUGGGGUGACGAGCUGUCCGAAGAGGAGCAGAAGGAGGCCGAGGGUUUGUUCCAACGAUAUGGAUACAACGCCUUCCUCAGUGACCGGCUGCCGCUCAACCGAGAGAUUCCUGACACUAGGCCUCCGAGAUGUGCAGAGAAACGAUACCCAGAGGACCUGCCCUCCCUCAGCGUGAUCUUGAUUUAUCUGGAUGAAGCCCUUUCUGUCAUCAAGAGAGCCAUCCGCAGCAUCAUUGACAAGACACCUGCUCGGCUGCUGCGAGAAAUCAUACUGGUGGACGAUCACAGCUCCAACGAUGAUUUAAUGGGCAAACUGGACGAGUACAUUAGCUCCAUCCAUGAGGAGCGGCCAGGCCUGGUGAAGAAAAUUCGACACUCGGAGCAGCUCGGCCUAACCCAGGCCAGACUGUCGGGGUGGAAAGCAGCUGUUGGAGAUGUGGUGGCCAUCCUAGAUGCACACAUAGAGGUCCAUGUGCAGUGGGCAGAGCCUCUGCUGGCUCGGAUUAAGGAGAACCGCACUGUGAUACUGACACCAGUUUUUGACAAAGUCUGCUUUGAUGACUUGAUACCGAUUCCCUACGUAACCAGCGCCGAUGGCUUUGACUGGGCCAUGUGGUGCUUGUAUGAGGGCUUCAGACCCGAGUGGUACGCCUUGAAGGACGAGUCCCAACCUGGCAAGAGCCCGUCCGUCAUGGGAAUACUGGUUGCUGAUCGCAAGUUCUUUGGAGAGAUCGGAAGCCUCGAUGGCGGGAUGAAGAUUUACGGAGGUGAAAACGUGGAGCUCGGCAUCCGGGUGUGGCUGUGUGGAGGCAGCAUAGAGGUGAUGCCCUGCUCAAAGAUUGCUCACAUUGAACGCUUUCAUAAGCCUUACGCCCCAGAUCUGAGCCUCACGGUGAGGCGUAACGCUCUGAGGGUGGCAGAGGUGUGGCUGGAUGACUACAAAUACAACGUGGAGGUGGCCUGGAACCUCCCCAUAGGGAAUCAUGGGAUCGACAUCGGAGAUGUUUCUGAGAGGAAGAAGCUGAGAGAGAGACUGAAGUGUAAGCCCUUUCAGUGGUACCUGGAUAAUGUGUACCCCAUGCUGGAACCACUGCAGGAGCUGCUUGGUUAUGGAGCUCUGGUUAAUGAUCUCCAGCCAGAUCAGUGUGUGGAUCAGGGCCCGGUACCAGGCUUCUCACCUAUCCUAUAUGGAUGUCACUUCUACUCCCCUCAGCACUGUUAUUACCACACUGAUGGAAAACUCUACAUCGGCGGGAUCAAAUCCCACAAAUACAACAGCAACAACUGUCUGGUGGACCCUGGCUCGGGAGUUUUACCUGGAUUGUAUCAGUGCAAAUUGGCCCAGCAGAAAAAAUUGCACAUGUUUUGGGACUUUAAACAGGGAGGACAGAUCCAGAACAGAGAAACAAAGAGAUGUUUGGAAGUAGCAAUGGGAGAGGUCCAAUUCCAACUCAUUCUUCAGCAGUGCAGCGGUCAGAGAUGGAAGAUACAACAUGUGAUGGACGCACAAAAACUGCCCAUCGUUUCAGAGAAGCAGGUACUGUGA